ACAAAAGUUAAUCUAAUAUCAUGUUAAAGAAUUAUAAUCAAAAAUGGGUACUACUGGAGAUUUAUUGAGCUUCAUAUGUAUCUAGCCCACUAGAAUUCCAGCAGUACUCCUUUUUUAGUAAUAAGUAUUUUAGUUUUAUUUAGAGAUAUAUACAUCUUUCUUAUCAAAGGAGCACUCCACCGUUGCACCAAUCUAUAAAUCAGGUUAUUUGUAUUCUUAAUCUUAUAAUGGAAGAUGGGUUUUGUAAAACAGUUUUUCUUGCAACAGGCUGCAAUCGUACAUUAAAUGCUUUAUCAUGGGGAAAAAAAGGUUUGAUAGCAUUUGGAGGCUGUAAUUCUGUUUAUGUAUAUAAUCCAGAGAGUGAAGGUAUUGUUGAAGUGUUAAAUGGACACACUUUAAGAGUAAACUGUGUGUGCUGGCUUAGUUCAGAUGAACUAGUUUCUGGAUCUUCUGAUAAAUCAUUAAUUGUAUGGAGAAAAAAUAAAAUAAAUCAGACUUUACUUGGUCACACUGAUGCAGUUUGUUCUGUUUGUUCAUGUUGCUUAGAAAAUGGUCAACAAAUUCUAGUUAGCAGUUCAUCAGACUCUUCAGUGAUUAUUUGGAGUCAAGAAAAAGAUAAAGAGUUUGUACUUAUGCAAACAUUGACAUUUGGUAAUGGAUUUGCAUUAGCUGUCUCCAUAGUAACGAUUCCAGAAACAAAUGGUAUACUACUUGCAUGUGGCUGUGAUGAUACAUCUAUUAGUUUAUUUACAAAUGCUAUUAAUCAGAAUAAUUUAAUAAAAGUUCUCAGCCUUAAAGGACAUGAAGAUUGGAUUCGAUGUUUAACCUUUGUGCAGAUAGGUAAUAAACUUCUGCUUGCCAGUGGAUCACAAGACAGUUAUAUAAGAUUAUGGAAAAUAUCUCCUACAAUUAAAAAUGUUGAGCCUGAUUCUCUUGCUAUUACUAAACAAGAAUUUAUUUUUAAUAACCAAGCUUACUCGGUAACUCUUGAAUCAGUCUUGGUUGGUCAUGAAAACUGGGUAUAUGGUCUUUCUUGGUAUGCAAAACCAGAAUCAAAUCCAGUUUUGUUAUCUGCAAGUAUGGAUAAGAGUUUAAUUGUUUGGGAAUAUGAUGAAACUAAUGAAAUUUGGUUAGAUAAGGCACGAAUGGGAGAUGUGGGAGGCAACAGCCUCGGAUAUUAUGGUUGCGCUUUUUCACCCUGCGGUAAUAAAAUAAUUGCUUAUAGUUAUCAAGGUGCAUUUCAAAUGUGGAAAAAAGAUUUUGAUGAUCCAAACAUUUGGAAAUCAGAAAUUGUAAUAAGUGGACAUUUUGAUUCAGUUGAGGAUUUUGAUUGGGAUCCAAUGGGAGAGUUUGCUGUCACAACAAGUGUUGAUCAAACUACUAGAGUUUUUGCACCUUGGAGAAAACAAAGUUCAAUGUCAUGGCAUGAAAUCGCUCGAGCUCAGAUUCAUGGUUAUGAUAUGAAAUGUUUAAAGAUGAUUUCCAGAUACAGAUUUGCUUCUGGAGCGCAAGAAAAGGUGGUACGUAUUUUUUCUGCUCCGAAAUCAUUUUUUGAAAGUUUAAGUCAAAUCACUGGUGUGUCAGAUGAAGCAGAGAUGUUUGCAAAUGCUCCUUUAGGAGCUACAGUUCCAGUGCUUGGUCUUUCAAAUAAAGCUGUAUAUUUAGAUGAUUUAGAAAGUUGGCAACAAAAAGGUGAAAAAGUUCAAACUAAAGCAUCAACCUUUGCUAAUGAAGAUCCUGCUCCCUUUAAUCCUGAUCUUAUUAAGAAUAAUGAGCCACCUGUAGAAGACUUGUUAUCACAUAAUACACUAUGGCCUGAAACGCAAAAGUUGUAUGGCCAUGGAUUUGAGUUGUACUGUCUGACAUCAACACCUAUAGGUGACAUAUUAGCCACAGCAUGCAAAGCCUCUAAACCUGAACAUGCAAGUAUUAUUAUAUGGAAUGCGUUGACUUGGAAACAGACUGAUACUCUAACAUUUCAUACAUUAACUGUCACUCAGAUGGAAUUUUCUGUCAGUGGAAAAUAUUUGUUGUCUGUAUCAAGAGAUCGUUUAUGGGCAGUUCAUGUUCGCAAUGAUGAUGAUAAAUUUUCACUUGUUCAAUGCACUGAUAAAAAAACCAGCAUUCAUACACGAAUUAUUUGGUCUUGUUCGUGGUUUGUUGAUGAAAACUAUUUUGUGACUGCAUCGAGAGAUAAAAAAAUAAUUGUUUGGAGCCGUAAAAAUGAUCAGUGUAAAUGGGAAUCAGUUGAUACAUUAGAUGUCGGCGAAUCAGCUACUUCAGUUUGUGUAGAUAACAAAACUGUUUGCGGAAGGUAUGUUGUUGCUGUUGGCAUGGAAACAGGUGCUAUACAAGUAUACUCUUGGAUUGAUAAAGAAAGCUGGAAUUUAAUUUUAAAAUUAAGUACAUCUAUGUGUCCUACGUUAUCGAUUAAACGACUUCGUUGGAGACCUGGUCAUGAUGAAAGGCAGCAGGCAGGCAGGCAGCUAGGAGUUGCAGCAUCGGAUCAUACUUUUAGAAUUCUUAGUUUUAAUUUGUAAUAUUUUAUCUAUAGUAUUAUAAAUAUUUAUAAAAUUUGAAUUUAA